AUGGUGGCUUAUAAACCAACAUGCAUUUGCAUUAUCUGGUUUUGUCUCUUGGUUUCUCUCUCUCACCAUGGAAGAUCAUCUCCUUCAACCUCAAGAUCUUUCUUCAAUCUUUCUAUCCCACAUCAACACCCAUUCCCUGAACAUGUUGUUCUUAAUGUUCAAAGAAAACUCAACGAUUCUCUCUCAAGAAGAAACCUUCUCACUUACCAACAAGACGACGUCACGUCGACGCCAAUGCCUUCUUGCAUCACCGGAAACCCAAUCGACGAUUGUUGGCGAUGCGAUCCAAACUGGUCGGAAAGUCGUCAACGUUUAGCCGAUUGCUCAAUCGGAUUCGGACAAGGAACACUAGGAGGUAAAGGCGGUCGCUUUUACCUCGUCACCGAUUCCUCCGACAACGACGCGGCGAACCCAAUUCCGGGAACACUCCGUCACGCCGUGAUCCAGCAAGAACCACUCUGGAUCGUCUUCUCCGGCGACAUGGAAAUCAAACUCAAACACGAGCUUAUCAUCGGAAGCUACAAAACAAUCGAUGGACGAGGAACCAAUAUCCAAAUCACAGGCCAUGGUUGCUUAACGAUCCAGCAAGUGAGCCACGUCAUCAUCCACAACGUCCACAUUCAUCACUGUAAACCUUCCGGCAACACUUUGGUCGCUUCGUCUCCGACACAUGUCGGAUUCAGAGGAGUCUCAGACGGUGACGGAAUCUCUAUCUCUGCUUCGCAUCACAUUUGGGUCGAUCACUGUUCUCUGGGAUACUGUACGGACGGUCUCAUCGACGUCAUACUUGCUUCCACUGCAGUCACAAUCUCCAAUAACUAUUUCUAUCAACACGACGAGGUUAUGCUCUUAGGUCACGACGACGGGUACACGGCGGAUUCGGGAAUGCAGGUGACAAUUGCAUUCAACCAUUUCGGGGAAGGGCUUGUGCAGAGGAUGCCGCGGUGUAGGCACGGUUAUAUCCACGUGGUGAACAACGAUUUCACGGCAUGGGAAAUGUACGCGAUUGGCGGAAGCGCGAACCCUACGAUUAAUAGUCAGGGUAAUCGUUACACCGCACCUAUUGAUCCCAAUGCCAAAGAGGUGACGAAGCGCGUGGACACAAACGAGAAACACUGGUCGAAAUGGAACUGGAGGACGGACGGAGACGUUAUGGUUAACGGAGCUUUUUUUGUGCCGUCAGGUGACGGAGUUAGUCCAGCAUUCGCCAGAGCCACCAGUGUUCAGGCUAAAGCCGCCGCGAUCAUUGACCAGUUAACGGUCAACGCCGGAGUUUUCGGCGAUCCAAGUGGGAGAAACGGCCAAGGAGGAGGUUUUCCCGGAAUCACCGGCGGUGGUGGGACCAUCACACGCGGUUACACUAAAGGUAACAAGGCAUCUUCAAAAAGCUUAUCUUCUCCGAUUUUGUCUUCUUUCGAUUAUUAG